AUGAAUAAACCCUUCGAUCCAGACUAUGGAGUAAGCUCUAAAAAGAAAGAGAAACCUCCAAUGUUACCGCAAUUUAUGGAACUUGGCCUUUCAAUGGGACGUCGGUACGUUAUUAAAACGAUCGCAAGUAUCCCGGAAGAAGCCCUCAAGGAGAUGCGAAAGCACGCGUUCUCUCCUAAAAGGGACAAGAUCCAAAAGUUUCUUAUCGAUAACAACUAUGUUAUUACGAUGACAGAUAAGAAUCUUGGCCUCGCGGUGUCUGAACGCGACUGGAUAUUAAGGAACGAGCUCAAUCUUCUUGAAGAUGAACGCAACUACGAAGAGUUAGAAUUCGAAGUUGCUCAAGAAGUUAUGAAGAGCAAAAUGAUUCAGAUGCAAACUCUUGCACGUACCGUCGAAGAUGAACAUCUGUUUCUAUUUGAACUUGGGUUGUCUCGAUUUUUUCUAUCGAAUGUACCGGAAGAUGGAUCAUCGUUCAAGUAUCCUCAAUUUCAUGGUAUACCUAAAAUCCACAAGAAACCUACUGGAUUUAGGCCCAUAAUUCCGUGUCACUCUGUAGUAUUUAAUCCUGCAGCCAAGUUUGUAUCAAAAGAGCUUAAGCCGAUUAUUAAAUCGACUCCUUCAAUCAUUCACGGAACGAAGGAUCUCUUUACGAGAUUAAGCCAAUUGCGUAUAGACUCCAAAAGACAAUGGUAUUUUGUCACUGGAGAUGUAGUUGCUUUCUAUCCCAAUAUUCCGUUGGACUUGUGCAUCGAAAUCGUUUGUAGUAUGUACGAGGAAUGGUUACUCAACACUUCGGAAGAAAACACUACAUUAGCCCACAUUAAGCCAAAUUCGUUAGAGAAUAACUUGGUUAAAUUGGGCAUCUUUAAACGUGCUAUCGAGAUUGGCAAUACGCAAUUGAUAACACAACAUGGGUCUAGAUAUUUUAGACAAAAAAAUGGCCUCGCAAUGGGCGUCGCGGAUUCUCCGGACCUUGCUAACCUCUUUGGAGCCCAUUUUGAAAUAAAGUCAAAAAUCUUAGACCACCCAAACGUGGCCUUCUAUGGAAGGUACAUCGACGAUUGUUUCGCAAUUGUUUACGCCGAGUCCAAAGCACUUGCACUUAAUCUUAUUAAAGAAACAAUAAAGUUCGAUGGUUGUGUUAUCGAAUGGGCUGUUUCCUCGUCGGGAUGUCAAUUUCUCGAUGCUUUCAUAUUCAAGGAGUCUGGAAAACUUCAUUGGAAGCCAUUUGUCAAGACAGGAAACAACCGAGAACGAGUUCCAUGGGUAUCACAUCAUCCUUUGGACGUCAAACGUGGCGUCUACAUUGGAGAGUUAUCCAGGCUAGCCGUGCUAUGUAGUACCAAGGAAAUCUACAUCGGAGCAAUUAGAGACCUUAACGCUCUCUAUUUGAUGCGCGGUUAUCCCGAAAACCUAGUCAUGUCUUGGUGUAAGAAGAAUAUACAAGAACGUUGGGAAAAGCGAUUUGCUUUACGAGUCGCAGAGCACGACGAAUCCAUUCUUGUAUGGAAUUGGUUUUCAGCUGCUGAACUUGGAAAAACUGUUACCGAGUACUGGUCGGCAUGGUAUGAACAUGCCGAGAAAGGUCUGUAUAGUGCAGACUCGUCCAGACCCCUUAUCAAACCAGAUCCAAAUUACGUUCACGACCUCGAUGAUGUUCGCCCGGAGCUGUUCACACAGAUCCUCGUGGACGGAGAAACUGAGUUCGUACCGGAUUUGAGGAAGAUAGGACUACUCGGAAGUCGUUGGAUAGUAUCGCGAAAGCGCAAUACUAAUCUUUUCGACCUUGCAAAUGUGUGGAAGAAAACAGUUUUUCGUAAACUGGAUGAAGACAUUGCCGAAAAAGGUGGUGUUGUUCCCGAAACUCAAAACGUUAAUGAAACUUAUCAUUCUGCUUUAGUUGAAGCUGCUGAACAGAUAAGUAUCGAAAGUGAUAACGAGAUAAUACUUCAUAGACGUUCAAUCUCACAAGAGAGGGAACAUCCAGAAUUCGGCAGAAUAUCCAAAUCUUACAACCGAUGA